AUGAAACGCAUUGCUCUCGGCGCCGCCAUGGGCGUCCCCGGCCGCCUGGGCGGCGCCAUGCCGAGCCUCGGCGACUGGAGCGUGGCCAAGGAGCGGCACCGGCUGCUCAAGGAGAUCGCGGCCCACGGCGUCGACGGCCAGUACCUCGGCGACGACGGCAUCGCCACAAGCCUCUUCCUCGUGCGCGUUUUGACGUCGCUGCGCGUGAGCAGCCAGGCGUCGCGGCCCAUCCGCACGCACCUGCUGGCCAUGGAGCAGUUCUUCACGUCCAUGAGCCACGGCUGGCACCUGAGCCGCCAGUUCAUGGACUGCGGCGGCGUCCGGGUCGUCGUGGGCGUGUUGGAGAAGGCGCCCGGCCCCGAGUGCGUCCGCGUGCUCCGCGCGCUCGCGAAGUUGGGGCGGGACGUCAAGGAGCACAUCUGCGAGUGCGACGCCGUGGACGUGCUCGUGCGAGCGCUCCGAAACCGGGGGAAGCGCGACAUGGACCGCGUCGCCGGUUUCUUGCUCGUGGAGUUGGCGUUCGGGAACCCGGCCUACGAGGAGACCGUGCGCCACGGCCUGCUCUGCCUGCUCGCCGAGGACGCGCCGACGGCGUUGCGUCUGUUGGCCGCGCGGUGCAUGAACGCGGCCAUCUCCACGGACUCGCCGGACUACGUGCCCAACGCCGCGGAGAGCUACCCGGCGGCGUUCGUGCCGUCGUUGUUAGCUUUACUCGUCGCCGAGGACGCGGUCUUGGCCUACGAGGCGACGGUGGUCUUCAAGAACUUGUUCGUCGCCGAGGACCUGCUGUCGCCCGUCGUCGCCGGGCUCGUGGCCGUGCUCGCGCGGAAGGACUCGUCGGGAUCGCGCGCGGGCGCGGGCGCGGGGCCGCGCGAGGGGCCCGGCGACCGGGGGCUGGCGCUCGGCAAGGCGCGCGCGGCGGAGAUCCUGAUGGCCAUGCUCCGGCGCGACGACGUCGGCGACGUUAGAGUUUCCGUGGCGACCAUGCUCGAGAAGAACGCGGUGCGCGUGCUGCUGCGCGUCGUCACGGACAAGGGGCCGGCCGUGGACGCGGACGUGAACCUCGCGUGCGUGCGCCUCCUGUCGCUCCUCUACGACGCCGACGACGACGGCGGCGUCGUCCAGCGCAUGGUCCAGGACAUGCUCGUGCCGCUCCAGAAGACCAUGGAGAGCAUGAGCCACAUGGGCGAGGUGCAGCACGUCUUCGUCGCUAGGACCGCGGACCACGCGGCGCACACGCACGGCGACGCGCCGGAGACGCGAUUGCUGCCGCUCCUGGUCUGCCACCCGGAGAGGUUCCACCGCGAGGUCAUGACGUCGACGACGCUCGCGGCGAUGAUGCGGCGCUGCAUCGCGCGGGGCCGCCGCGACGAGCACAGCGCGCUGCACGGCCACUCGGCGCGCGGCGCGCCCCAGCUGGGCCGGUUUACGCUGCGCCCCCACCAGAAGGGGGGCGGCGGCUUCUUCGUCACCCAAAGCGCCGAGCUCUCGGCGCUGUCGGCGGACCACGACGCGUCGGACGGCGCGGCGUCGGCGCGCGGCGCGUCGCCGGAGCCGUCGCGCGCCCGGGGCCUCUUCGACGAGUCCUGCGACCGCAUGACCGUCAAGACCCUGCCGGCCAAGGUCAUCGACCGGUCCAGGUUCAAACGCCGGCCGCGGCUCCGGGGCGAGCGCCGCAUCAAGGCGUCGGCCUUCGACGACGCGCGCCGCGACUUCGACGCGCGCCGCGCGCGGGAGGCCCUCGACGCCGAGGCCGCGCGCCAGCGCAACGCAUUCAAGCCCCGCGACUCGCGCCGCUUCCCGGACCGCGACCGGCCGGGCCGGGAGCUCUCCGUCGUCGGCGCGACGGCGCCCGAGUACGAGGUCUGCUAA